UUUCCAGUUCGUUAGUUGCACGACAGACAUACUCAACGAACAGUGCCACGGUUAGUCAUGCGGCUGUUAAACUGUGUAAGCUUCUUGCUUGGGGUGGCCAUCCUAUCGGCUACCCUUGAGCAUUUCGUCGCCAUUGCGCACAGAGAGUUGCUGACGGCAACCGGUAGCCAGAGAGGACUGGAAACCAGGCUGGAACCCACUGUUGACAAAACCAUCACAGAUGAGGGAACCAAAAGCAGUAUACUGAUGACAAGACGAAAGACGGUCCUUGGGUAUGCAGCCAUGGAGAAGACGGAUGAUAAGAGCACACCAAGCACAGGUGCAACACGUUCUGCUGAGCAAUGUGGGCAUGGAGGAAGGAAGGAUUUGAGCUUGGACUGUUAUUCUAGGAGUAGGAGACUCCAUCCAGGUCCAGGGGCUUACUUCAAUGGCCACAUACCCUUCACCGCCGAUUACCGUAGACCACGGAACCACCCGCCCAAGAACAACUAGGAGCAGAUAGGGUAUAGCCAGACAAGUAACUAUGACUAGCUUGUUUGAUGCUUCUUUUACCUUUUUCUUUUUCUUUUGGUUGGCCAUUGCAUUUGUCAGCUAUGGCCUUCCUUCUUGUUAAAAACCGAGACCAGAGGGCCGGGCACCUUCCUUCUUGUCAGAUAUAGGUGUUUAAUUUAGUCAUCAGUCUGAUAUAACAAGCCAACUAUUGUGUUUCUCCUGUGUCAUAAACUCAUUGUAGUAAAAUCAAGGAAAAAACGUACCUUCA